AUGAGGUUUCUCCGCACGUAUCUGAAAUCGGCCCUAGGCGAGCGGUUCCAGCAGAUUCUCGAAGAGCAAAUCAGCUCGCUGCUGGCGUCGGCCAUUCGCCGUGAUCCUCUUUUGUCAAAACACGAUAGGUCCAAACUUUCGCAAGACGCAGUUGAUUCUCCACCAAACACCACCACACCGUUAAGUGAAGACGCAGAUAACGCCUUUCGGGCCGCAAAGAACGAAGACAAGGCCCAGGAGACCCGGUAUGCGCGGCAGUUCCAGAAAGAAAUCGCCUAUGUGGCCAGCGAACCUUUGCUCCGAACAAAAGCUUCAAAGCAGCUUGCGGACACGAUCUCCCAAAAGCCGUGGGACGGCCAAGAACGCCUAAUAGACACCGCGUCUCGGAUGCUCGACGACUCUACAAGAAAACUUCCUGGAGCCGGACAGUCGCAGAAAAUCAUCACUCCUCCAGUUCCGUGGCCCGACCGUGUUCGGAACGCCCGCGAACAGAGCUUGGACUACCGUGUUGGCAAGUCGGAGGCGACGAAAAGCGAGCAAGACGAGUUCCGGGAAAUGUACCGUGAGCGGCUUCUAGGCCCGUCGAUGUUCAUCAAUUCCGCUCUGCCCACUGCUACUUUGGGCCUAGUGGGGACUUUAGCAGAUGCCCGCAUCAAUGCCGCCAUCGACCAACGCACAGGAAAGUUCUCGUCUGAGGAUAUGGAGUCCGUACGUGGAAAGCCGUUGGACCGCGAACGUUUGGCCAACAGCAACGACACUACGUUUUUCAUAAACGAGAUUUUGACCAAACAGGAAUGUCUUCCGCCGUGGAUCGAGAGCCAGCAAGGCACACAGCGGGCUGUGGAAACGUUUCGGCGAGACUUGCAGAAAAAAUGGUUCACGCUACUAUUGGACGGCCUAGGCGGACAUAAAGAGGCAUUGGUCAAAGUGCGACGCCCAAACUUUGAUGGUAAGACAACGUUUUCCUCGUUCCGGGGCCGCUUUGAAAAGACUCAUGGUCACUACAUUGCAACGAAAGUUGCGGCUUUGAACCGUGAAAUCAGAAACUACAAUCUCCAGUGUCCCUCUCCCAGUCUUCACAAAUGGAAACUAGUUGAGUCAAAUGAGGUUAGGAAACUGUUUGAGCUGGUCAUUGAACGGAUUGAGCCUCUCAUAGAGGAAUAUUCCCGUCCAAAAAUCGUCGAACGAAAACCUGAAAGGACGGGCAUGUGGAAACAGGUGAAACUGCUCUUCUCUUGA